GGUCCUUCGCACAGCAAGAGGAAAGCUAUUCCUAGCCGGGUGGUGGUACCUCCUGAGCAAGUUUGUUUGCCUCCGGACUCCAUCUGCUGGGAAGAGACCCUACUACUGCGUGCGGUCUGCUCUGCCCCGCAGGUCUGGCAGGGGUAAAGCGCUGUGCACCCAUCCGCUCCCCGGCCCAGCCUGACUCUGCCUAUUUAAACCCCGGGGCAGAGCGGCAGGCGUCGUCCUCCCCUCCAAACCCCGACGCACAAUCGCUGGGUGCUGUCUCGCAGUGUGAAGGGUGUUUGUUGCCUCUGGACGCCUGAGUGAGCACGGGGCUGCUCGUCUCAGGUUCGCACAGGGUCUUCCUCAGCCUCUCCUUCGCUUUCAAGCGCUUACAUAACUUCGGGAGCAAACUCGGGAAUUCAGAUGGCUUUGCUGUCCUCCCCGGCUCGGUAGACGGGUGCCGGCUGAAGUGCUCGGGACGCGGGGACCCGCCAGGUGGCUGGCUGGGUGUGAGGGAGCGGACAGCGCCAUGCUCCCCGCCGAGCACUGAAGGACCGUCCGGGCUGCAGCGGUGAGGACACCGAAGCGCCGCGGAGGUGGCCCGAGGUGAGCCUCCGGAGGCCGGGAGAGCUGCUGCGCCAGCCCCAGGAGCGCUGCACCAAGGGUCAGCUCCAGCGGGUGACUCCAGGAGGAAUCCACAAUGAAAAAGCCCACCCAUAGUUGCUUCUUACUGAUCAUCCUUCUAAUUAGAAUGGUUCCAAGUCUUUCCUCCACUGUAAAUUACACUGAUACUACCUUAGAGCCUCUGGUGACUGAGAACUCAGUCAUCCGGCAGAAGAUCAUAGACUCGCAGUUCAAAUGCUACGAGAGGAUGAACAGAGCUCCUCCCUACAAGGAAAACGGUCUGUUCUGCAACCGCACGUGGGACGGCUGGCUGUGCUGGGAUGACACUCCUGCUGGCAGAGUCACUGCUCAGAACUGUCCAGACUACUUCCCAGACUUUGAUCCAACUGAAAGGGCCUCAAAGUACUGUGAUGAGACUGGGAACUGGUUCCGCCAUCCUGAGAGCAACCGAACUUGGUCCAACUAUACCCUCUGCAACUCUUUCACCUCUGAGAAGCUGAAGAUGGCCUUCAUCCUCUACUACAUGGCAAUCGUUGGCCACGCCUUGUCCAUCACAUCCCUGCUCAUCUCCUUGGCCAUCUUCUUCUACUUCAAGAGCCUCAGCUGCCAGAGGAUAACUCUGCACAAGAACUUGUUCUUCUCUUAUGUGCUCAACUCCGUCUUCACCAUUGCACACCUCAUCGCCGUCGUGCCCAACCCGGGGCUGGUGAAAAGGGAUCCUGUGAGCUGCAAAGUGCUGCAGUUCUUUCACCAGUACAUGCUGGGCUGCAACUACUUCUGGAUGCUGUGUGAAGGCAUUUACCUGCACACCCUGAUCGUGGUGGCAGUCUUUGCUGAGGAGCAGCGGCUGCACUGGUACUACCUGCUGGGCUGGGGGUUCCCUUUAGUGCCAGCAUCUAUCCAUGCUGUGGCCAGAGCCAGGUACUUCAAUGACAACUGCUGGAUGAGUGUUGACACUCACUUGCUCUACAUUGUUCAUGGACCUGUAAUGGCAGCUUUACUGGUCAAUUUCUUCUUCCUUCUCAACAUCGUGCGGGUGCUGGUGACCAAGCUGAGGGACACUCACCGGGCCGAGUCCAACAUGUACAUGAAGGCUGUCAGAGCCACUCUGAUCCUGGUGCCCCUGCUGGGCAUUCAGUUUGUCAUCAUCCCCUGGAGGCCAGAGAACCGCCUGGCCGGAGAGAUCUACGACUACAUCAUGCAUAUAUUGAUGCAUUACCAGGGCUUACUUGUGGCAACUAUAUUCUGCUUCUUCAACGGUGAGGUCCAAGCAGCCCUGAAGAGGCAGUGGGCACAGUACAAGGCGCAGUGGGGCCAGCGGCGCCGCGAGCACUGCUCCACUCGCUCUACCUCCUACACUGCCACCUCCAUCUCAGAGCUGCCAGUUUACCUCUCCCACCACGACUCCAACAGUGAACAGUUAAAUGGGAGGUACCCAGAGGACUCUGAACUCGUAGCACUAAAAUCUGGGGAGACAUCUGCCUAGCUCAGCACCAGCCCCUGUCACCACCACCAUUCACCGGCUGCUUGUGAGCAAAGUGGGGAGAAGGGGGAGGGUGGAGGUCCGGGGCAAGAGCAGCUGAAGGACACAGCUCACUUGGCCCACAGCAGCCUCUGCAAGUGAUGAGCUGGAAACAGCAGGGAGGAGAGGUGAGCCUGCCCAGCAGGCUGUGUUAGCUCCAUACCUUCUGUGCCAGCCCUGCCAGGUGCCAGGCAGCAAACACCAAAGGAGCAAGCAGCAAGUGGCAACUGGGAACUUCCAACAAGUAUUGCUUUUGGUCCUUUUCCUUCACACUAGAUUUUGACCUGUCAGCUUUCAGAUAGAUGUACCUGGCUUAGAGUGCUUCACUUCCCCCCUUUUAACCAGCUCGAGAACACUUUAAAAGGUUCUGCACACUGCAAGACAAAUCAAAGAGGAGAGUCACACCCAAGCACUCCAAUCUUGGUGCUCCCCAAAGCAGAGACCAAAAUUUCACAGGGAUCUCCCCAAACCUUGCAGCCCCUUCAAAGGAUCUCCCAAAACACUGCAGCCCCUUCAAAGGAUCUCCCAAAACACUGCAGCCCCUUCAAAGGAUCUCCCAAAACACUGCAGUCCCUUCAAAGGAUCUCCCCAAACCUUGCAGUCCCUUCAGAGGAUCUCCCAAAACCUUGCAGCUCUUCCCAAGGCUCUCCCAAAACCCUGCAGCUUUCCCCAAGGCUGUCCCCAAACGUUGCCAUCCCACUAGCAAGCACAUAAAGGAAGCAUACCAAGAUCACAACCCCCCAGAGGAACCAUCUGGGUCUUUAAGCUGCCUCACACAGGUCCUGGGGGCAUCUCAGGAGGGUUUUUGUUUCCCAGUAUUGGUGGCUCCAGACUCGUGCUCUGUAGGGGACAUUGUCACCCCUGUUGCUCCAGCCAGAAGCUCAGCAGCAAGGCACAGUUCUUUCACUCUGAAUAAACUGGGAAUUGGGGUGGAAGCGAAGGGAUUUGGGGGUUCUUUUCUUUCCUGGCCCUUCAGAGAUGUAUGCUGGGAUAAAAUUAACGCUCAAGGCAGUGAAGAAUCCCCGAGAAGGAGGCGCAGGAAGCAGCUACCUUUAGAGUCUGAUGGCUGCUCGGAGUCCCUGCUUGGUGAAGGGGAUGGGCACAUGUGAGAGUCUGGCAGCAGCUUUGAGUAACAAGCACCUCUGAGCACACAGGCAGAGCACCCUUAGAGUCUGUGCCUGCUGAGGCAGAAAUCAGGUCAGAGAGGAACUGAGCUGCAGUGAGAAGUUGCAAACCUGUCCCUGCAGAAGCUCUGCCGAGGCCAGGAGGAACCGAGUGGCUGCCUUGGCCCACAGGAACCUCCACACAAAGCACCUGCAAGUGCCAAGGGCUGUGACUCCCCUGGAGUUUGCUGCAUCAGCUGAAGUCAGUUCCAGCCCUUCUUGCACCCCUGUGUCUGCUCCACUCCAGCCCUGGGCUAUUUCAAGUGCUGGCAGCCUCAAGAGCCUCACUGCAGGUUUCCACCUUGAAGGCAGCUGCAAGGGUCUCAGUGCCCAGGUGGUCCUGCGUUAGAGGGACUCAGAGGGAGGCAAGGCUCGGCAGGGGCCGCUGGAGCUCCUCCAGCCCAAUAUCCCUCGUAAGGCAGCUUUACCAGAGGGGACUCAAUCCCAGCACCCAGCCACGGGGCCAAGGCUGAGCUGCUGCAGGCAUAGAAGAGAGGAGCUGGGGAGCAAGAACUGCCCCCACAGCACGGAUCAUGGCGUGGUUAAGCCAGGAGGACACUGAGUACAGGAGGCUGUGCAGCUGUCGAAGGCACAGAGCUGCUUUUCAGCCUCCAAGGAACACAGGCAGGCAUUUUUUUCAGCCAACAGGACUACUUCACAUGAUCCUGUUUCUACCUUUGCCAGCAAACAGUGGGAAGAGGAGGACUGAAUCACUGGAGACUGCAUGUGGCCCUGCUGGGAGUGCUGUGUUCUGAAGAGCUCUGGGGUGCAGCACACUCCCCUGCAGCGCUCCAGCCCAAAGACACCAGUGAACUGGCUGGGGGAGGAGGAGAGGGCAUGCUGAAGGCAGUUCAAUCAUGGACAUGUUGCUUUGGUCAUCUACAUGGUGACAACCUGCAAGUCUUUUCCUGCCUGCUCUGGUCACUUGGAUGUACCUAAUGGAGAUGCUUUGCCCUUCCA